GAGAGACUCCUUUGUGAAGGAAAUUAAACCCAAGAGCAGGAGAAUCAUGGGUGCUGGCGGUCCUGGCGAUGAGGACAAUAGGUGGCCGCCAUGGUUGAAGCCUCUGCUCAGAGAGAGCUUCUUUGUUCAAUGCAAGUCACAUGCUGAUUCCCACAAGAGCGAAUGCAAUAUGUAUUGCUUGGAUUGCAUGAACGGCGCUCUCUGUUCUCUCUGCCUCGCCUUCCACAAAGACCACCGUGCCAUUCAGAUUAGGAGGUCCUCAUACCACGAUGUUAUUAGGGUCUCAGAGAUUCAGAAAGUUUUAGACAUAAGUGGCGUCCAGACCUACAUUAUCAACAGCGCAAGAGUAGUAUUCCUGAACGAGAGGCCUCAGCCCAGGCCUGGAAAGGGCGUCACUAACACCUGCGAAGUCUGUGAGCGGAGCCUUCUGGAUUCGUACCGUUUCUGUUCUCUGGGUUGCAAGAUCGUUGGGACGUCGAGGGAUUUCCAGAAGAAGAAGAAGCAGUCGGAGGUAAUGGCGUCAGACUCGGAGGAUUCGUACAGCAGCAGCAGCAGCCAUGGCCGGCAGAAGAACGGCAAGUGUCGGGUUCAGAGCUUCACUCCGUCAACGCCGCCUCCAACUUCGGUGAAUUACAGAACGGCCAAGAGAAGAAAGGGAAUCCCCCACAGAGCCCCCAUGGGAGGACUAAUCAUAGAAUACUAAGAAAGUUUAGUAUUUUAGGUUAAUUUGCUACCAGGUCCUCGCGCAGAUAUAAUAUUACGUACCAGUGCAAGUGUCACGACGUCGUUUCAGCAGCAAUACUCGACCCUUCUGGGAUCGGAGUGUUUUGUCCUGUGGGUAGUGGUUUCUAGCAUUGUAUAUAGAAAAUGCAAUAGGAAGGGGGGAAAAAGGUUAAGAAAGUAGAAAAUAAGGCAUCUAUGAAAUAGUGGGUGGUGAUGUGAGGAAAAAAAAGAACGGUGUAGCAAAAUAAUAAGGAAAGCUCCUUUCGGUGGAGCCAUAUAUAUAUGAUCAGGAAAAUACAUAGGACGGGCUUUUUACCAGUUAUCAUACCUAAGUUUUGGUGGUCGAGUUGUAAAUAUACUAAAUAGUACUCCUUUGAAAUAGGUGCUUGGGUGUCCCUUUAAUAAUAUAUGUGAAAUGCUGAAGUUAAGAAUUUUUAUUAAAUUCUCUCCCUGCA